GGGAGGCGGGAGUAGUUUCGCAAACGUCGCGUGACGCAUUCGACAUUUGUUUACCGAACAUACGUAUUUGUGCGUAGUUAUCGACCAAUAGACACGUUUUGCUAUCGUGAAUAAUAUUUUCUAACAGCGCACAACGUAAACGAACAGGUGGAAAACGAUCUAAACGUUUUGCUACGUUACAAGUAUCGCGGAUAAUUGUUACUUUGUUUCAACAUGAGAGGGGGAUCCUCCUUUGGCGACCAUGGACGAGACAGGCCACGGUUUGGGGCUAUGAACAGUCGCAGUGGACCCUCACCGAUGAAGUUUGGGAAUCCAGGUGAGCGUCUCCACAAGAAGAAAUGGAACCUGGAUGAGCUGCCCAAAUUUGAGAAGAACUUCUAUGCUGAACACGCUGAGGUCCAACACAUGAGUCAGCUUGACAUGGAAGAGUUUCGCAAAAAGAAGGAGAUCACAGUCAGAGGCACAGGCUGCCCAAAGGCGAUCCCUGCUUUUCACCAGGCGCAGUUUCCUCAGCACGUGACGGAUGUGCUGAGGCAGCAGAACUUCAAUGAGCCAACAGCAAUCCAGUCUCAGGGCUUCCCCGUGGCCCUGAGCGGCAGGGACAUGGUGGGGAUCGCACAGACUGGCUCCGGAAAGACACUGGCUUAUCUCCUUCCUUCAAUUGUACAUAUCAACCACCAGCCUUACCUAGAGAGAGGAGAUGGCCCAAUAUGUCUGGUGUUGGCGCCAACCAGAGAGCUGGCUCAGCAGGUUCAACAGGUUGCAUAUGCGUAUGGCAGGUCUUCCCGUAUCAAAAGCACCUGUGUCUAUGGCGGAGCACCUAAAGGACCACAGCUUCGAGACCUCGAGAGGGGUGUGGAGAUAUGUAUCGCCACACCUGGUCGUCUUAUUGACUUCCUGGAGAGUGGGAAAACUAACCUGCGGCGCUGCACCUACCUGGUGCUGGACGAGGCUGACCGCAUGCUGGACAUGGGCUUUGAGCCACAGAUUCGCAAGAUAGUUGAACAAAUCAGGCCGGAUAGACAGACUCUGAUGUGGAGCGCAACCUGGCCAAAGGAUGUUCGCAAGCUUGCGGAGGACUUCCUGAAGGACCACGUCCAGAUCAACGUUGGCGCUCUGGAGCUCAGCGCCAACCACAACAUCCUGCAGAUAGUUGAUGUCUGCAUGGACAAUGAAAAGGACCAUAAACUUUUUCAACUGAUGGAGGAAAUAAUGGCUGAGAAAGAAAACAAAACCAUCAUCUUUGUGGAGACAAAGAAGCGUUGUGAUGAUCUUACCAAGAGGAUGAGGCGGGAAGGAUGGCCAGCUAUGUGUAUCCAUGGAGACAAGAGCCAGCCAGAAAGAGACUGGGUACUCAUUGAAUUUCGCAGUGGUAAAAAUCCGAUCCUGAUCGCUACCGAUGUGGCCUCACGUGGUCUGGACGUGGAAGAUAUCAAGUUCGUCAUCAACUAUGACUAUCCCAACUCCUCCGAGGAUUAUGUCCACCGUAUUGGACGUACGGCCCGCAGUUCCAACAAGGGAACUGCCUACACCUUUUUUACCCCGGGGAACUUGCGGCAGGCUCGUGACCUCGUCCGGGUUCUGGCAGAGGCCCGGCAGGCCAUCAACCCCAAGCUGCUUCAGUUCGUGGAGUCGGGCCGUGGUCUAGGAGGAGGAGGUGGAGGCGGCGGCAGGAUGCGUUACCGUGGCAGCAGCUCUAACAACACGUACCAGGGGGGAUAUGAUCGCCGCAUGCACGCCGGUGGUGGUGGCGGUGGCGGCGGCGGCAAGGACAGCCACAGCAGCUUCAACCGUGACGGACGCUACAACCAUGAUGGAGACCGCUCCACUUCCUCUUUCAGGGACAGAGGCCAGGAUCACAGGAAUAGCCACAACUCGGGCUCAGACCAGUACCAGAGUUACAGCGGCGGCUACAACUCCCGCAACGGAGGCCAGUCCAGCGGAGGUCAGGAGAAGUCCAGCCAGCUGCAGGGUCAGUUCGGCCAGCCUCCCGCUCCUCCUGCUCUGUCCGGAGGGAUGCCGGCCCUGCUACCUCAGCCGUUCGCAGCACAGCAAACGCUCAUGGGCUUCAUGGGGCAACCGCCGUACCCUUUUGCUGCUCCACCCCCUCCUCCGGGCCUUCCACCUACCAGGAAGUAGAAUUAUGAGCAGGAAGCACUGCGUUUAUUUCUGUUCAAAGGGUCAUUUUAAUUUCACUGUCAACUCUUUCUCUCAAAGAGGGGAUGUGAAAAAGUGUUUGGCUAAGGAGGAAAGGGCUUCUAUCUUUGUUGCACAUUUUCUACUAAACUAAACCUUAAACUUUAACCUUUUUUUUCUUUUUAAGCCCAACCUAAGAGUUUCUGGACUUAAUUUCAUAUAUACACUUUUCAGGGAAUUUAACCUUUUUUCCCCUCAGUCUUCACUUUAGGUCGUUGAUCAGCUGUGUUAAGAUUUGAUGACCAUGAAAACUUGGUCAUCAAUUGAUUAUAUACGUCUCAGUCCAGAGAAAUGUUUCGCUCUGGUUUCAUUAGUGAGGCGUUUUCUUUCCUUUUUUUGUUUAAGCUUUUGAGUAGCAUUACUUAACUAUUGCAUUGAUUUGGGGGUUGUGUUAUUCUAAACAAUGCAACCAAGUUGUGAAUCUUAUUCUAUAGUUUUGAUACCAUGUUAGCACAAUUAUUUUAUUUUUAUUAUUUUUAGUAGUCAGGAUCUUUUAGAUAGAUUUUCUCUUUAGUUGUUCCCGUCCAAGAUAAAACCUGUGUUUCUAUUUACUUGUAACUGUUAACUCCCAUAUUGUUUUAAUAAGCAGGUCAGCUGUUGCAGACCUGUUUUCGGAUGGAUUGUGGACUAAAUUGCACUUUGUUGCUUUGCCUUUUCAUGUAUUUUUUUCUUCCUAAAUAAAAAAAUAGUAUUCUCUA